GCAUCGUGCAUAUGCCUUGGUUUCUAUAUCGGACCUCCAACGGCGGAAUGCCAGAAAGUCCUUCCACGACAAGAUAUUCAAAGAUGAUACCUUCCCCAUCGUGCCAACAACCCACUCUGCUCCGAUUGCUCUGUUGGUCUCUAGAUUGCGGAGCCAACGCAUCCCUCCUUCAAUAGCCCCAACAAAGCAACCUGUCUCCGACUGAGGACAAGUGACGGGCUCAAACUUAAUCACGGAUGCGUUGGCAGGUGACAACCGGAAUGCCUCUUCUCAUGCCAGCUAGCACUUUUGGCAGUCUAUUACCCAUGCCAGCUGCCCCGUCGGUGACAGUAGCUGAAGGAGUCCUCAUGAUGACGACGUUUGGCAACCAUGUCCUCGCCUUCGCCCCUACCUUUAGCACCCUCCAGGAUGCCACUCCUGCACCGUCCAGAGCCAACUGUUAUGCGCUUGCACAGGCAGAUUUGACAUCCGAGGAUCUUACAUCCGUUACCAUGUAUCGCACUAACAGGAUCCUUCGAACAUUCCAUUUCGCUCCUUUGCCCCCUGAGGCAGAUGUCGCGUGCGGCAGCCGCAUUCCUUUCCCCUUCCAUUGCAGUUCUGCUGACAAAAGCACACUAUAUUGUUAGACCGUCUGCUUAUUGUGAUAGGCCCUUGGUGCCCCCCCACUCAAUACUCGGCACGUCUGCAUGAUUGUUUAUGGUGCGACAGCCACUUUGGUUGCGCCUGUUCGGGGCAAUCCUGAGUUAGCUCCAUUGCCACCCAACAUCAUCUAUCGACACUGAGUGGCUUCACAGUUCUAUGACUGUUCCUCAGUAAUGAAGACAUCGGGUGGACGUACCAUGAAGCCGCCACAAGCGUUGCACGUGGGGGCUGAGCGGGUACACCAUGUGCAUGGUUCUUAGCUUCGUGAAGGUUUCUUAUUUGAGGUCUCUGACGUUGCUUCAUGUUGUGGAUAUAUCAUUCCCUGUUUCUCUUCCUCUGAACCCCACGUAUAGCAUGGCGUCCGGAGUGUAGUGCCUGCGGGCCGGCAGAUUUCAAUUCCUCGUGAAUAGUCUGCGGCUGAACAACGUCAAACCCU